UCUUAAUUAUUUCUUCUCCUCCACAAACACUUAUCAACUACUACUCUCUUAAUUUCUCUCUGUGUAUUCUUUUGCGAACAAUAACUUUAAAAAAAUCCCAAGUGAAACUACUAUACUCACCAUGGGCAGAGCUCCUUGUUGUGACAAAAAUGGACUUAAGAAAGGUCCAUGGACCCCUGAAGAAGAUCAAAAGCUCAUUGAUUACAUUCAAAAACAUGGCUAUGGUAAUUGGAGGACUCUUCCAAAGAAUGCUGGGCUGCAAAGGUGUGGAAAGAGUUGCAGGCUACGUUGGACCAACUAUCUAAGGCCAGAUAUUAAAAGGGGAAGGUUCUCUUUUGAAGAAGAAGAGACAAUCAUUCAACUCCAUAGUAUUUUAGGCAACAAGUGGUCUGCUAUUGCUGCACGUUUGCCCGGUAGAACUGAUAACGAAAUCAAGAAUUAUUGGAAUACUCACAUCAGAAAAAGGCUUUUGAGAAUGGGAAUUGACCCAGUGACUCACAGUCCACGACUUGAUCUUCUUGAUCUUUCUUCAAUUUUACACCCUUCACUCUACAAUAAUUCAUCUCAUCAAAUGAAUCUUUCAAGAUUGUCAGGCCCUGGGCAACCUUUGGUAAAUCCUGAAGUCUUGAGAUUAGCUACUUCUCUUAUAUCAUCCCAACGCCAAAACUCAAACUUCUUGCUCCCAAAUAAUCUUCAAGAAAAUCAAAUUUGCCAAAACCAGUUGCCACAAAUGGCCCAAAAUAACCAAAUUCAAGCCCCUAUUCAAGAUUUUCCAAGUUGCUCAACUUUAAGUACAACCCCAUGUGUACCAUUUUCUAGUGAAGCUCAACUCAUGCAGCCACCAACAAAUAUGGAACAAUUCUCAUCAAAUCUUGAAAACUUUAGCUCACAAAAUUGCCAAGUUAAUGGAUGGCAAUUAAGCAAUGAAGUGCUUAAUUCAAAUUUAACGAAUGAUUAUUUUGCUUUACAAAAUUAUGGGUACUAUGAUCCACUACCCUCCGACGGUUCGACACUUCAAUCUAAUGACAGCAACAACAACAACUUCAGCUUCCAAUCAGCUGCUAUGUCGAAUUUAUCGACGCCUUCAUCAAGUCCUACGCCAUUGAAUUCAAACUCGACUUACUUCAACAACAGCAGCAGCAACACAACUACUGAAGAUGACAGAGAUAGCUACUGCAGCAGCAUGUUGAACUUUGAUAUUCAGAGUAUCUGGGAUUCUACUAAUGAAUUUGUGUAAUUUUUUUUUUUUUUACCUCUGAGCUUUUGGACAUGUUGUUUCCCGGACAAAAAAAUAAAAAAAGAAUUACCUCUUUAAUUAGGUGCUUAUUAGUUUCUAUUCUGUUAACCUCAUUUUAUCACGGGAAACACUUAUUCUUUGUUUCCCUAUCCAAAUUAGUUCUCUGUACAAUAAUGCAGCUUAUACACAA